AAAAAGAAGGGAAGAAAACGGCACAAGAAGAAAGAGGAGGAAGAAGAAUCAAAAACAAAAGUGAGAAAAGGGAUCGAGAGACCAAAUAAGAAUCACAAGAUGGAAGGAGAAAACAACAACAUGAGCGGCAACGAGGUGUACAAAGAAUGCCUGAGGAACCAUGCAGCCAGCCUCGGCAGCUACGCCACCGACGGCUGCGGCGAGUUCACCCUCCACGACGCCGCCGCCGCCUCCUCUCCUCUCUCCCUCCAAUGCGCCGCCUGUGGCUGCCACCGCAACUUCCACCGCAAGCUCACCGCCGCCACGUCCAGCUACAUGGUGGACGAAUACGGAGGAGAUCAUAGGCUCCGGCAGGCGUCGGUGGGCCCGGAGGAGAGGCGGAGCGGCGGCGGUGGGAGGAAGAGGCACCGGACGAAGUUCACGGCGGAGCAGAAGGAGGAGAUGAUGGGUUUCGCGGAGAAGCUCGGGUGGAGGCUGCACCGGCAUGUCAGCGGCAGUAGCGACGAGGUGGAGAGGUUCUGCAGAGGGAUUGGCAUCAGCCGCCACGUGUUCAAAGUCUGGAUGCACAACCAUAAGAAUUCUUCUAAUAUCUCUUCUCCUCCUCUUGAUCCGUAUAACAACAACAAUUCCUCUACUUCCAUUAAUGCUGCUACUACUACUACUGCAAAUGCCUCCUCUCUUACCACUCAAUGA